AAACAUCACAUUCAGGAUCCGAACCGUUUGAACUUGUCCGCGUUGGUUGUGGUUUCUGAACCGCGGCCUCCGCGCAUCACGCACAGGAUGGGGCGGAGCGCAAACAAACUACACUGAUUUACAGUUGUUCAGGGCUCGGGGGGUCGACGGUUUGAGGAACUGUAGUAGAGAAGACGGAACCAUUUGUGAAGUGCUCAGAAACCGGGUUUAACUUUGGCUUCGACAUGAGUUCCUCCACGUUCCUGCUGCUCCUGUGUCUGUCCUCCUGCUCCGCGGCCGACGGACACGGAUACUUCAUGUACGCCGACUUCUGGUGCAACAUGCAGACUGCGAGGCCGCAGCAGGUGGAGUAUCUGGUCGACUGGUAUUUCAACAAAGAGUUCACGAUGCAGUACAACAGCACGGUGGGGAAGUGGACCGGCUUCACCGCGGCCGGACUCGUCUCCGCGGCCGUUUUCAACGGGAACCACUUCGACGUCCUGCAGAGGAAAGAGGAGAGGCGGCUGAUCUGCGUCGACAACGUGGGACACGCGCUGAACGCUACGGAGGACAACAUGGCCGCACCCAGCGUCCGUCUCGCGGAGGCCAGCGGCUCCGGCCACAACACCACGCUGGUGUGCAGCGCCUACGACUUCUACCCCAGGCGCAUCCGGCUGGCGUGGCUCCGCGACGGACAGGAAGUGACCUCGGGCGCGACCUUCAGCGAGGUCACGACCAACGGAAACUGGACGUACGCGGUCCACUCCUCCCUGAGCUUCACGCCGGGCGGGCGGGACCGGGUCAGCUGUAAGGUGGAGCACGCCGGCCUCCAGGAGCCCGCGCUGCGCACGUGGGCGGCGCACGGGGCCCGAGACUGGGAGACGGGCUUCCUGGUGGGGGGCGUUUGUGCUCUGCUGCUGGGGGCGGCGUGUCUGUCCUCGGGUCUGAUCGUGCACAGGAGGAAAUAUUCUAACAUCUCAUAAGUCAAGUAAAUUGUCACGUGGAUGUGGUCGACUUUACACCGUGUCCCAUUUGAUACACACUGCUUUUGAGGAGAGUCAGAAAGGAAAGUGACAUUUGAGAGUUUUACCUGUUGGCGUGUGGUGAAGUAAGUACUGUGAGGGUGAAAUCACGGUUUAGUUUUCAUUCUGAACCAAAGCAGACACACGAGCUCCCGGGACGCACCGUCGCCACGGUUACACAACGGCAGAGAAGUGACGUGUACGUGUCAAGGUGGCAACUCCGUCUCCACGGCGACGGCAAACAAGGGACACACAAAGGGAAACGUUAGCCGGACAGAGAUAAAGACUCACACACACACAGACACACACACACACACACACGUGCGGACGGGACAGAUGGCGGAUUCACAGCGAGCAUCCGAACCCGUCAACUUUGUGCAUCAGGACGAAAUCUGGUAAACCUGCUGCUUGUUUCAGGGAUUCGUGUCGUCUUUCAUCUCGCUCUCUGUCAGCCGCGUUCUUGUAAAAACCCACUUAAGUGAGUCAUUGGGGUCCAGAAAGGGAGUCUGUUUGAUUUGGUCUUUGUAUCGCAGCAGGCUGAGCAUUCUGCCAAGAUGUUCUUAUUAGUUUUGGUGUGUGUGUGUGUUGUCAUGUUGGUUAUUAUUGUUUAAAAAAGAAGCUGUGUCCUUCAUGCUUUUUGUGUUUGUACUGGUGUUAGUUUGACUUCAAAAUGUUUUUUUCACGCCCUUCUUGUUCCUUUUCCAUUCAUUUUUUUUGUUGCUGUUUUAUGCGCUGUAAUAAAUUCGGCCUGCCGUACUAACUUAUCA